CAAAGGGUAUUGUUUCGAGAAAUGCUACGAAGGCUUUGACCCGUGAGGCUGUGGUAGCACUUUCGAUGGCGCCUAAGUUAUGGACGCGCGGCCGGGUCGAGACGAGAGAAAGUUAACUGUAGUCCGUGCCCGUUACCGGCUGCGUCCGCGUCCGCGCCAGUCCGCCGCGCCGCCCCGACCCGACCACGCGUGCGCUCCGCCCGCUCCCGCGCAAUGUUUACAUUACACCCGACGAUCCCGCGAAAAGAUAACAGAAAGCGACAGUGCCAAUAAGUGUGCCUUAAACUGUGGACAGUGAAUGAACCGCUCCUUUUUACGAAGAGUCGCGGUGUGUAAGUGCGGCGCCCGGACAAAGGGUCGGGAUGACGUUCUCUGGAAACAUGAAGGAGAAGCCGCGGUCCGCGAAAAACGCAUGGGAGUCGGAGUUGGGGUAUGGCUGGACAGCGCCGCGGCGUUGCCGCGCGCAUCGGCCGCCGGAGUCGACGAUGUCGGUGAGCAGCGACAUCCGCUUUACCCGCCGCAAGCUCAGCCGGCCCUGCCGCGGCUGCUGCGCCGCGCUCGCUGCACUGCUCGUGCUGCUUUUGUUGGCUGCCGUCGCCGUUUACCUUGGACACAUGUACCUGUUUGGCGAUCCUCUAAACCGGCAAACAUUCCGAGGCUCGUUUGUGACGGCCUGGGGGGAGGAGGGGGAAGAGCCCAAGGGCAAUCACACACGGGAGGGAGCCAUGCGGCAAGCCCUGCACGAUCUCUACCGGAAUUCUGAGCUUCGGUCCUGUUUUGUGUCUGCGGAUGUACUUGCUUUGGACAGUGCGGAGGAAGGUACGCGCGUGCACUUCGAGGUGUCGUUCGAGCCGAUCUUCACAGCGGUGAGCACGGGCGAGGUGGUCGCGGUGCUGGCGCGAGAGUUUAAUGCGCCCACUGGCUACUUCAACGUGACCGUGCUGCCGGAGACGCUGCACAUUGAGGAAAGCACUGUGAUAUCAUCGCAAGCGUUGCAAGAAACAGAUGCAACGCCAGUAGACACGCCAACUACGGAACCUGUCACGGCAGAAACGGUCGAGGAGCCGCGAGAAUGCGCCCCCGCUACGCUCUCGCUUUGCUCCACCCUGCCGUACAACGCCACCACGUAUCCCAACCUCGUCGGCCAUCAGAAUAAGGACGCCUUGCUGAGAGAUCUAGUCGCUUUUAGAGAACUCUUGGAUGCCGAAUGUUCUCAUCUAGCUCAGGACUUCGUCUGCCAAAUGCUGCAGCCUCGCUGCACCGACUCGCGGUUGGUGCCGCCGUGCCGCGCGUACUGUCGCGCCUUCCACGCCGGCUGUGGCGCGCGACUGCCGGACCGGCUGCGCCCGCACUUCGACUGCUCACGCUUCCCAGAUUAUUUCGGACCCGGCUCAUGCGCGCCAGAACCGGAUUGCCGGGGCGGUCUCCAACGGCUAGCGCUGUCCCGGCGCUCGUGCGACGGGGUGCCGGACUGCGCGGACGCGGUGGACGAGCGCGGCUGCGCGCACUGCGCGGCGGCGGGCGGCGGCGCGCUGCGCUGCGCGCUGCACCCGCGCUGCCUGCCCCGGCAUCUGCGCUGCGACGGCACGCCCGACUGCCCUGAUAACAGCGAUGAGGCUGGAUGCUUGUGGGUGUCUCGUUCCCUCGCGGGGUGGCGGCGGGAGACCAGCGAGACGACGCUCGGAGCAGUACGUAGUCGCGGCGGCUACGCGGUGUGGGCGGAGCGCGGCCGUGCCGGCAAGGUUUGCGCGGCGCCGUACGAAAAUGACAAACGCGCGCUAAACAGCGUCGGUGCCUCGCUCUGCAAGGCACUCACUUUCAAGGGUGUAGUUAGUGCGGAAGCAGUUCCUGAUAUCGAAGCAGAAUCCGACGAUUUGGAUGACGAGAAGCCUGAUCCCGAAUAUGUUGAAAUAGUAGAUCCAUUUGCGGCAGAGAUCUCAUUUUUACAAAGCAAAUGUCCAGAGAGGAAAGUUAUAAGGGUUAUAUGUGAUCAAUUGGAGUGCGGCCUGCCAUCGGGCCGAGUCGCGCAGGCGACAGCCGGAGUGGACGGCCUCCUGAAGUCCGCGCAGCCCGGCGACUGGCCGUGGCACGCCGCCCUGCUGCGCUCCCACGUGCACGCCUGCGACGCGGCGCUGGUGCACCCCGCCUGGCUCAUCACUACGGCUUCUUGCUUCCAAGGUCAACCGAAAGCAGAGUGGACGGCUAGAUUAGGCACAGUACGGAUACAGAGCACGACGCCCUGGCAGCAAGAGCGACGAGUUGUCGGCAUGGUUCGCUCCCCGGUGGAAGGAAGCAUGUUGGCGCUGGUGAGAUUGGAAGAGCCUGUGGAAAUGACAGACUUCGUACGGCCAGCAUGCUUGCCGGUGGAUGGUCUCAAUCCAGAGGAAUAUGAAGUAUGCAACACACUGGGCUGGACGCGCAACAGAGACCAGGUGCAGCGGAUCCAAGUACUCCCGAGUCCCAUGCACAACUGCGAGAACGCAAGCAUCGCCACCGUCAACGGCAUCUGUGCCGAGCCGAUGUACAAUCAGGAUGACUGCGACGAGGAAGAAUACGCAGGGAGCUCCAUGAUGUGCUUUGACAAGCAUAGCAAACACUGGUCGUUGCUAGGUGUGAGCGGGUGGCGCAUCGCCUGCUCCAAGAUCGGGCUCGGCCGUCCACGUAUCUACGACUCCGUGACGUCGCAUAUCGACUGGAUCCGACGCACCAUCGCCAACGCCGCGAGGUGACCUGACCACUGUGUGAUCAAGCCAGAAUGAAAUUACCAAAUGUGUUCAUCAGCCGCAUAUUAUUAGAGAACAGUUAAAAAAUAUUUGUGUCAAAUUUAGAAACAGACAGAACAUAGUAACAGCAAAAAAUGCAAGCCUCAUGUAGUCGCGACUGAAGGGCAUGUCCGAUAAUUUGUUUCUUGCUCAAGACUUUUGACAUCAGGUGUUAAGCACACUUUUAGAAUGGGAGACCCAUUCACGUUGUAUAAUAAAAGAAAAAUGUGAAAUACCAAUUUUUUUUCUAAAUGUGUGCUUAAAACCUUAUGUACCUAAGCUUACUUGGCUGUAGGUAUCCUAUCCUGAUAUUAAUUGUGUCAUUUGUAUGUAUUGUUAAGUUUGAAGAUUGAAUUGUGGACAAAUAUGGUAGUCAUUGGUGUAAUUUUAAAACCGAAACUAGACUUUUUUCAAAGAUAUUCAAGGGAAAAGUUAAGGUCUCUUAACAAAUGUUUCUAGUUGUGAUCAUUGGUUUGUAUAUGAAAUUAACAUAAUGAGUACAUUUCUGUUAUACUGUUUAAAAUUUUAUUUUAACUGUUAUGUAAGGUACAAAAUGACUUCUAAUUGGAAGUCUCUUAGAUGUAUUUCAAAACCUAGUAAUUAUAAGAUAAUUAAUUUAUUAUAUAUGAAGUAUGUACAAUUUGUAAGUAAGUAUAAUUUGACUGUAAAUACUUUUUUUAUAUAAGAAAAACCAAAUUCAAAAUAAAACUUUUGUAAUGA